GGUUAGAGCUGUAAGCACGUGACCACAGGUCGGCUGCAGGAGAACACAGGGGCACUCGUCUUGGGGACAGUGACGUUCUCUUAAAAGCUGGCGCGGUUGCCAGAAGGGGGCAGGGACAGAGAUACAGGGAGGAAGGGGGAAGAGGGGGUCGGGGAGGCAGCUCCUGCCAAGAUCAAGCCUCCCCCAACCCCAGGCCAAGCCGAGGGCCAGAAGCUGGGCUCCAUGCAGGGGCCGCUCCCCAGUCCACAGGUGGCAGAGCCGGGCCCACCCUCACUGCCCCCCCACCACGCAGGGGAGGACCGCGGCCGCGCCACUCUCUGCCCGCCUGCCCAGGGCUCCCGUCAGCACCUCCCUGCUGGGUGCCCUCCCCCGCAGCCCUGCACGGCCACCCCAAGACCCUCCGCGUGGUGGCUCUUCACAGGGGGCGUUCAGCCCAGCCGGCCCGACGGCCCAGCUGUCCGACGGCCCAGUUCUCCGUCCGGUCUGAGUCCCUCUGGUCGCCGUCCCCACCCGGAGCCGAGCGUGGGUCACCCGUGUGCUCCGGGCCCAGCCCAGAGCAGCAGCAGGAAACCCCCAGGUGAAGCCGUCCUGCAAGGAGGCUGUGGGACGAGCGGACACCCUUCUGCCCGAAGACCACGCCGCUGAUUUAGGAACUCCAGCAAACCCGCUGGGGCUGAUAGCUUGUUCCGUUCAAAUUCCUGCAGUGAUGCAGGGGGGACCACGCAGACCAGACCCCCAUUUUCACUCUUUACUAAGAAUCCAAACCUGAUCCCAAGGCUAUAUCUGAAAAACCAAGAAAGAAAACGAGGGAACCACCUCAAACAGACGACCGAUGCCCUGUUUCCUGAGUCUUGGGCAGAAGAAACCCAAAGCCGUUCCGUGUGGUUUACACGAGCCUGAGCUGAGCUGACGUCCUUCGGCCCCAGCCGGGGCCUGGUCUCCUGGCGAGAAGGGAACGACACGGCACGAGGCCUGGGGUCCAGGAUGCAGAACCCCCAGGGCCCGGCCAUCCCUCCUCCGCAGCCCCCGCUGGGGAGCCCCUUCCUGGGGGUGGCCCUAGGGGGGCCGGCCUGCAGGCAGGGAGUGCUGUGCAUGGGGCACCUGGAUGUGAGCAGCUCUGCUGACUCCAGGACCUUGGGCCUUUCCAAGCCUCGGUUUCCUCGCGUGUACAAUGGGGAUGAAACCUCCCUGCCUGCCUCACGGGCUGCUGUGGAGAUACAGGACCGGCUUUACGAAGAAAUGAAUCCCACCUGCCCAGGGCAGGGCUGUGAGCUGCAGGGCCAACGCUGAGCCCUCCUGGGCAUCAGGCCCUCCUCGUGGGUGGAAGGAGCUGUGGACCCCUCUGUGUCCAGUCCCCUGCGGGUGGUGGGGACAGGAGCAGGAAGAGGACAGAGAUGGUGGGUGGAGAAGCCCCCGUGUCCUGCCCCCUCCCCCAUGGAGCCGGUGUGGGUGCAGUGGCCAGGGAGGAGAGGCCUGGGGCCGGUUAAUGGAGUGUGGAUUGACGGGACAGGAGCUGAUUAGCUCUGGCAUCUGGCUUGUCCUGAGCAGCGACCGCAGGAUCGAUACUAAUCCCUUGAUCCCAUUAGGGCCCCUGCAGCUCUCAGGGACAGCGUCCAGCCUCCCUCCCAAGCACUGUCUGGGGCUGGAGGGUAGAACUGGAGCCCUAACCACGUCCGCCUGCUGUCUGCUGUUAACCCCUCCCCGUGUCCCGCUUCCUGCAGCCCCUGGCACCCCCACCGGCCUCUCACACCACCACCCGGCCCCCCCAGCCCCGGGCCCUGACUGCUGCUCGGCCCCAGCGGGACUCGGGCUGCCGGUGUCGGGCCCGUUUCUUUCCUCGCGGGCACGGCAGUGCUUUCCUCACCACCUCUCCUCCAGUGACUCAGGACCGAUGUCCUCGGGGGGCUGGGGGUCCCCUCUGGCGGUCAGUGAUCCAAGAGUCCAUAACGUUGGUUCCCAGCCUGUUGGCAACAGUUCUGCUUGUCCUCAUCCUCACAGAACGGACAUAAACCAAGGAACGUAAGCUGGAAAGAAAGAAACGUGUCCUUUCUAAGAAAACUAAGUUGAAUGCUCUCAGAAGAUUCCAUGAGGCGAGUCUAGGGCAAAAGUUCUCCAAAUGAGGUGCAGAUUGGUGGGAAGCAUCAUAACAAUUCUAAAGGAUGCGGCGCAGGCUGCUCACCGAGUGUCCCAAGGUCUCGGAUCACUUCCGAGAAGUCGUCGCUGAGGCCAAAGGCGGUGUGCCCAGCGGGGCGACUCCCAGAGGGUGGCGAGCUCCCAGGACGGGCCCCAGGCCCACUUCCCAAGCGGGCAGUGCCACGCUGGCCAGUGAAGAGCGUGUGGUCGGGGACAGGACCGCUGAUCGUGCAGUUGUCGGGACACGUGCAGUGUCCGCCUCACCUCGAAGGAUUCUUCACCCCGCGGUCUCCUGUGACCGCCACCGUCCCGGGCUUAUGGGCACCACGGCUCCCACCCUGCUCCAGAGACGAGGGCUGGGGUGGUCUGUGUGAAACUGACCCCCGCCACACACACGCACAUGCCAUCUCCGCAGCACCUCCCCGAGGGAAGGGACGGAGCCGUGUGGAGCCCCUUUCCCUGCCGCCGUGUGGUCCGGGGAAUCCAGCAGGGCCUUGCCCACCACCGAUGCUGAACUAAUAUUUGCUGAAUGGAAUUAAACCAGCCUCCUCCGCAGGAACUGGGACGCAGGUGUCCACCCCGCAGGGUUCCUGACCCACCCCAGAAGGCACCACCCAGCAGACUCCGGUAGGGCCGGACUCCGCAGACCCGCUUCGGCAAUGGGUAACGAGGAGCUGUGGGCCCAGCCAGCCUUGGAGAUGCCGAAGAGACGGGACAUCCUUGCGAUUGUCCUCAUCGUGCUGCCUUGGACGCUGCUGGUCACCGUGUGGCACCAGAGCACCAUCGCGCCCCUGCUCGCCGCACACAAGGGGCGAGUGUGUUGUUCGCUUCUCUUUUCCUGGUCGGGAAGCCCUGAUCCAGUGCCACCUGCUGAAAAUAGGCUGGACAGAGAUGACGGCAGCGACCCCCGGCGCGAGGCGCCACCCGGCGCGGACCCCAGGGAGUACUGCAUGUCCGACCGCGACAUCGUGGAGGUGGUGCGCACCGAGUACGUGUACACGCGGCCCCCUCCCUGGUCCGACACGCUGCCCACCAUCCACGUGGUGACGCCCACCUACAGCCGUCCGGUCCAGAAGGCUGAGCUGACGCGCUUGGCCAACACGCUGCUGCACGUGCCCAACCUGCACUGGCUGGUGGUGGAGGAUGCGCCGCGCCGCACGCCGCUGACCGCGCGCCUCCUGCGCGACACCGGCCUCAACUACACGCACCUGCACGUGGAGACGCCGCGCAACUACAAGCUGCGCGGGGACGCGCGCGACCCGCGCAUCCCGCGGGGCACCAUGCAGCGCAACCUGGCCCUGCGCUGGCUGCGUGAGACCUUCCCACGCAACUCCAGCCAGCCCGGCGUCGUGUACUUCGCGGACGACGACAACACCUACAGCCUGGAGCUCUUUGAGGAGAUGCGCAGCACCAGGCGGGUGUCCGUGUGGCCCGUAGCCUUCGUCGGCGGCCUUCGGUACGAGGCCCCGAGGGUCAAUGGGGCCGGGAAGGUGGUCGGCUGGAAGACUGUGUUCGACCCCCACCGGCCGUUUGCAAUAGACAUGGCGGGAUUUGCGGUCAACCUGCGGCUCAUUCUGCAGCGAAGCCAGGCCUACUUCAAGCUUCGCGGCGUGAAGGGAGGCUACCAGGAAAGCAGCCUCCUGCGAGAACUUGUCACCCUCAGUGACCUGGAGCCCAAGGCAGCCAACUGCACCAAGGAGCCCCCUUCUCAGACCUGCUCCUGGACACCUGUGCUCCCCACGCGGGUGGUCCCACCGGGGCGGACUCCUGUGGAAUCGCCGUCAUCCUCCUUUGUACUCUGGGGCCUUCAGAGAGACCAGCCUGAUGCCAGGACAAAGGACGGAGACCCUAAAGCACAGAUACCCCAGACCUGUUGUUCUGUUCCAUUUGCCCUGGCAGGGCCGGCCGGGGCAGACACCAUGGGCCCCGAGCCCGGGAGCGAUGCCAGGCUGGGAGGGGGCGAAAGAGCCCGGCAGUCCAGCAGAGGGCUCCCCGGCUCCCCCUCGAGGCCCCAUGACCACACAGGACACCUGGCCAGGGACUGCGGAAGACAGCAAGCAGCCCCCACCCCCGGCAUCAGGAACGAGCUGCUCCGGGAGAUGCAGCCCCUCCGGCGGCUUUCCUGUGGCUCCCACUCGGAGUCUGCAUGAGGCUGUCUGUGUUCCCCGCAGGCGGCCAGCCCGGGGAGCUGGCCGCCCUCCCCAUACCUCAACCUCGUGGAGGGAGCAGAGCGCCGUCCCCGGCUCUUGUCCCAGCGCAAGGAAAGAGGUGGGCCCUCGACCCAGCACAGGGUAUAGACCGCACGGCACCUCCCCAACGCCCACUGGGCCCCGGGCCCCUCGCCUGGGCUGGGACUGGGGAGGCAGGAGCCCCCAGAGCCAGAGCCGUGAGAACCACAGGCCUCAGGGGCUCGAGGGAGCAGGUGGGCCAGGAAGAGAGAGGAGGGGCCUGGGCGGUCCCAGGGCUCCUCCCUGCCCCUGGCCGGGGGGGACUCUGGAUUUAGCAAAGGGAUUUACAGAAGGGGCAGAGAUGAUCUGGACCCUGAGGGCAGGAUGCCUGAGCACACACUGCUUUGGAAAUCAUGCGAUCUACACACCAAGUGGGAAGGAGAACCUCCCUUCUCCCUAAACCGGGGGCCCGAAGAGCAAGCCGGCCUCGUGUCCAGCCGCCCCUCCGCCCCAGAGAAGGAACCGUGCGCGGCCCUCAGCCAGGAGGAGGGGUGCCUGUCUCCCAGGCUUCCCGACGGGGCCGGCCCUCCGCCGGUCUCCACUCACACUCCUGAGCCUUGGAAGCACAAUUUUCCUCCCCCGUGGAGGCAGAGGAGGGGCCUGAGCCCGCCGAACAGGUGUUUACUUUUAACCGCUAACAGCCCCCACUCCGCUUCGACUCACGGGAUGGGUCUGCGGGCCAUGGAGAGCCCACUCCUGGGUGCAUGGGCAGUGGGCCGCAGCCCGGCGACCUUACAUCCACGGAGGAGUAUCGGCUGCCUGUUUUGACCUGGAUUUAACUCCUCACCAUUGGGACGAAACCUUCGAGGGAGGGCCCACGUCCCUGAGGGCCCUGAGCCACCUGCAGGACGUCCCACACCCAUGGUCGCCUGGGAACCAAGUAGGUGGCGGGGAGGGGAGGGUGGGCGAGGGCGGGCACCAUCAAGCGAGUGAACUCAUGCACAGGGUGCUCCACGGCCUCGCUCGCCGGGACCACCCCAAACGCGGGGUCCGCUUGGCUGGGCUCGGGCCACCUUGGCCCGAAACCCAGGGCUCGUUUUCAGGAAAUUUGAUAAUGAACGAACGACAACGUGGGUUCCUCUUUUUUUUUUUUUUUGGGCAGAUGCUAGUUCUAUUGUUUUCACUUAAUAUCCUCUCUUAGCUGCAUGUGUAUUUAUUUAUAAUUAUAACUCUGAUGGGCUGCAGCUUUCACCUUCACUGGGAAUGAGUUUGCUAUGAAUCAGAAUUGGGUCCGUGGCUACAGUUUGUUUUCCAAACGCAGUCUGUUCCCUGCUCCCCCCUGUACAGGAGCGAGGUGGGGGCCGCAGUCCAGAAGACGGAGACGGGGAGGGUGGAGCCCCCAAGCUGCACUAUCGGGUCUGUUUUAAUUUAACUGUAUUUAAUUUGUUUUGAAAUUAAAAGUCAAAUAUGGUUUUUAACAGUC